CAUUCGAGCUGCCAGCCGUCCGCACGCCGCUCAGGACCCGCCGCUUUCUGAAGGAGGAGGCGAGGAACAGGAAUCCACCGUGGAGGCGAGAAGGAGAAGGAGGAGGGGGGCUGAGGAGGAGGAAGCCAGAGGUUCUACUACACACAAGAUGGCUGCUGUGUCCUCUGCCUCUGACACUGGGGACCCCAGGGGCCGGCACCCCCCUGAGCGCAGACUGCUGAUCCUGGGGGGGCCGCAGUCGGGUAAGACCUCCACGGCCAACAGCAUCCUCGGGGACGAGGUCUUCGACAUCGGGACCGAGACGACUCACAGCAACGUCGGGCAGACGGAGAUCUACGGCCGGCGGGUCACCGUGGUGGACACGCCGCCGUGGGUCAUCCCCGGUGUCCCGGAGGUCAUCCCCGAGGCUCACGGCGAAGACGCCGACGCCAAUGACGCCAACGCCAAUGAGGCCAACGACGCCAACGCCAACGACGACGCCGGCGCGGAGUCAGACAACCCGACGCGGCCCCAGCCGGCCCUGGACAGCGAGGGGCCGUGCAUGGGGGCCAUCCUCUGCCCCCCCGGACCCCACGCCAUCCUGCUGCUGGUGUCGGUCACCCAGCCGUUCACGGACACGGAGAGGAGGGCCGCAGAGGAGCAGCUGGCGGCCUUGGGGGGAGGGACCUGGAGGUACUCCAUGGUGGUCUUCACUGGGGUGGACAAGCUGACCAAAGGGGUCUUCAUCGAGGAGCACAUAGCGAACACCGGGGAGGCCCUGCAGUGGCUGGUGGAGAGAUGUGGAAGCAGGUACCACACCUUCGAUAACACUCGGAAAGACACGGAGGACAACACGCAGGUACCGGAGCUGAUGGAGAAGGUGGAGGAAAUGAUCACCGACAACCAAGGCUGGUACUUUGAGGUGAACGAGUUGAUUCUCCUGGAGGAGGAGCAGGCCAGGAGAGCGCUGGAGGAGGAGAGCAUGAGGAUGGAGGAGCACGCUCGACAGAGGGAUCAGAUGAUCGGAGGACCUCCCAGAGAGUUGAGGCUGCUCUUGUUGGGCUGGAAGGGGGUUGGGAAGAGCUCGGUGGGGAACUCCAUCCUGGGCCGCCGCUACUUUGAGUCGGGCCAGGAGACGGAGCUGUGCCUCCGGAGGCAGGCGCUGGUGUCCGGCCGGCGGAUCACGAUCGUGGACACGCCGGGCUGGGAUUGGUUCUCGGUGAGGCGAACCCCGAAGCGCAUCCGCCAAGAGUCCCAGCGCGGCGCCGCCCUCCUUCGCCCCGGACCCCACACCCUGCUGCUGGUGCUGCCCGUCGUCUCGUCGCUCACCGCCAGGAAGAGGCGGACCCUCCUGGCUCACAUCGAGACUCUGUUCGGCGACAGCGCGUGCCUCCACACCAUGGUGCUGUUCAGCUGCGGCGAUUGGCUGGGACGCACGCCCAUCGAGGAGCACAUCCUCAGAGGCGGCAGGGAGCUGCAGAGACUACUGGAAUUCUGCGGGAACUAUUACCACGUCCUGGACAGUAAGAUCCCCGGCAAGGACCGGAGCGUGUCCGCCCUGCUGGACAAGAUGGAGGAGAUGAUCAGAGAGAACGGGGACAAGGCCUUCCUGCCCAUCCAGACGGAGUGGUUGAGCGAGGAGAGCUCUUACUCCUCGGACAACACCGAGCCCGAGGACGACUGUCGGGGAUGCCAGCUGCAGUGACGCGAUCGCACUUUUACCACAAAAAAAGGGAACGUGGUCCCGUUUUUUUCUGGCCCUUCAACAGCCCCCCCCCCCCCCCCCAAAAAAACUAACCACCUCGCGUAACUCAAACCUCAUCUCGAGAAGCCUCACCCCGCUCCGACUCCGAAGAGCUUCUAGGGAAAACAAAUGACUUGGAUCGGGGGCGGUCGCUCUGUUAGAACCGAACCGACCGCCGGACAACUGGAAUGAAAGAGCAAAACCUUCCUCCCCUACCCACCCCAAGAGGAGGAGGAAAAAUGCAGCUUCUGCUUCAAGGGGCCGGAGCUCGAUCCCCGUCCAUGAGCAUGCACACAGGUAUCGACGGCCGCUAUAGGGAGACCGUGUUCCCGCUCUGCAGAGUAAAGCAUCGCGCCUCAUCCUAACUACGUCUAGUCGGACUGCACCGAUACCAGUUGAGAGCAUUAAAAAUCGAGAGGAAAAAAAAGAAAAAAGAAGACGAUGUUAUCGUGACCGGUCCGGUUAGUUUGUCCCUCUCGGUCGUCGGAGGCCUGAGAGCGACGACUCGCGUCGUGGACUCGGACUGGACUUGGUCCCCCUUCUCAUGCCAUUUAUGUCAUUCGCUUUGAAUUAGUUUGAAUCAAAAAAAGGGAUUCAAAGGAAAUGGUUUGAGUGAAAGCGAGCGGCAAACAAUAAUCGUGUGUGAGGAAGAGAAAUGAAAAAAAGAGAGAGAGAGAGAGCAGUUUGUUUGUGCACCUCAGCAUCAUAAGAGUACCCACUGAGACCCAAGUGAUGUCUUAACUCUCAGCAUUAACGUGUGAUUAGUUUCUGCUCAGGGAGUCAGGGUUGAAUCGCUUCCUCCAGGGCAAAAUCUGGUACAUUUACAGAAACGCUGAUUAAUGCUGAUUGCUACAAACUGCAGACGUAAGUCACAUAUUAAUUCAGAGUGGAGCUAUAGAAGAGAGAGAGAGUCCGUGUUUGCACUUUUUGUCCAGCCUGUAAUUGGUUUCUUUGGAUCUCGCGUGCUGAUGAAAAAAAAGGAUUAAAAAAAGAAGAAAACUCAAAGUGAAUCCAUCCACAGAAGUAAAUCCAGCCGUCCUGAGCACGAGGAGCUCGGGACAGUUGCAGGAAAUUGGCUGAAUUGAAACUGUGCGCGCUUUUUGACGAAGUCGACUCAGCUACGUGCCUCAGCAUCGGAGCGGCGGGGCGUGUCCUAUCGGCUACAUCACGCUACCGCAUGCGACUGAAACAACAUAACCUCAUGACCAUCGAGCUCACAUAGGGCUUUUAAUACCUUUUCUACAGCAGUGAGGCAUCAAUAGCGAUGUUUUGAAGAAGAA